GUUCGGAACGUUUUAACGUAUCCGAUUUCCAUACGUCGACGUCAAGUGUUUUCUUUUUGUUCCAUUUUUGAGGCACCAGUUUUCUUUAAAGCACAACAGAAGAAUCGUGUUUAUUGCGUAAAAAUUGAAAUUGUUUCGUUGCCGGGUCGAAACAAUUAUUAUUGACAUUUGUUCGUGAAUCUCUGUACAUUCCUUUGCUAAUGGAUGACGAUAUGAUUGCUUUCGGAGAAGAGGAUGAACCUGGUCAGAAUGGCAAUAAACUUAAACACCCGUAUGUCACCAUGUUUCACUUAGCCUUCAGAAUAGCUGCAAUCGUAGCUUAUAUGUUAUGUGGGUGGUUUUCAAAUAGUUUUAUAACUAGUUUUGUAGUUGUUGUAUUACUUUUGUCAAUGGAUUUUUGGACAGUUAAAAAUAUCACUGGAAGGCUGAUGGUUGGUCUUAGGUGGUGGAAUUAUGUGGACGAUAAUGGAAAAAGCCAUUGGGUAUUUGAAUCCAAGAAGGGUAUACAACAGAAUCGCAUUAAUACUACAGAGGCCCGUAUCUUUUGGCUAGCUUUAAUUCUCUGCCCACUUUUAUGGUCUGUAUUUUUCAUAGUGGCUCUAUUUAGCUUGAAGUUUAAGUGGUUAUUGCUCGUUUGUAUUUCAAUUGUGUUAAAUGGCGCAAAUUUAUACGGAUAUGUAAAAUGCAAAAUGGGGAACAAUAAAAAUAUUUCGACAGCCACCAGUGAUUUCUUGAGGAAACAAGUCAUACAAAAUGUUACGUCCAUGAUGAAUAGGAGUCCGCCCUCGGGUAAUCCGAAUGAACCAUCUAGCGUGAUAUAAAAUUUCCAAUCACGACGUUAUUUAAGAUCAAUGUCGGCGUAAAAGAAUAUCAUUACGAAUAAUAUCAAUUUGUAUAUAACGACAUACUGACAAUUGUCUCGUUUGUCUCGACGAG